UCGCGCUGGCCUCAUCAGCCAAUGGAGGAACAGAACUGACAGAGGCGACAGGGUCUCUGGGGUCGAGUCUGCCGGGCCUCCCCCACCAGCGCCUUGCUCUUUGGCUUCUUCAGUGGGUCUGGGUGUUGGUGGCUGCUCAGGCCGCGGCUGCGCGCCUGGGGCUUGCGGCGCGCCGUCGGGGUCCCCUCGCUCUUCCCGUAGAUGUUGCCUUGAUGGUUCGGCAGGCUCCGCGCUCGUAAGGCUCUGCAGCGCAGCUCCUUCCGUGGAACUCACUGCCCCCCGCCAACUCGGUGGGGACCGGAGUAACACAGCUUAGAGUGUUGUGCCGUUUAGUGCUUGUCGGCGUUCUGUUCAUCAUCUCGCAUCCUGGUGCUCUUUGAACCUGAGGUUCGCUUUGUGGUUGUGUGAAGAGCCCGAGGCUGGCAGGAGGUCGCUGCGCUUCUCAGUAAGAAUUUAAGAAGAUUUUAUUCAUGUGUAUGACAUAGAAGAUGAAUUCUUCCUCCUCCACCAUGAAUGAAGAACCUGAUGCUCUAUCAGUAGUUAACCAGCUACGGGAUCUGGCAGCAGAUCCAUUAAAUAGAAGAGCUAUUGUCCAGGAUCAAGGAUGUCUGCCUGGCCUUAUUUUAUUUAUGGACCAUCCCAACCCCCCUGUUGUCCACUCGGCUUUGCUUGCUCUUCGAUACUUGGCAGAAUGUCGUGCAAACAGAGAAAAAAUGAAAGGCGAAUUGGGUAUGAUGUUAAGCUUGCAAAAUGUUAUACAGAAGACUACAACGCCAGGUGAAACAAAGCUGCUGGCCUCUGAGGUCUACGACAUCCUUCAGUCUUCCAAUAUGGCAGAUGGUGAUGGUUGCAGUGAAAUGAGUUCCCGUCGAAGGAAAGCUCAGUUUUUUCUCGGAACUACAAACAAACGUGCCAAAACAGUGGUUCUGCACAUAGAUGGGCUUGAUGAUACGUCUCGGAGAAAUCUAUGUGAAGAGGCUUUGUUAAAAAUUAAAGGUGUUAUUAGUUUUACUUUUCAAAUGGCUGUUCAAAGAUGUGUGGUCCGCAUCCGUUCAGAUUUGAAAGCAGAGGCGUUGGCAUCGGCAAUAGCAUCAACCAAGGUCAUGAAAGCUCAGCAAGUUGUGAAAAGUGAAAGUGGGGAAGAGAUGCUGGUCCCAUUCCAAGAUACUCCUGUGGAAGUAGAAGAGAACACAGAGCUGCCUGACUACCUGCCUGAGGACGAGAGUCCCACAAAGGAGCAGGACAAAGCAGUGUCCCGGGUUGGCUCCCACCCUGAAGGCGGAGCUAGCUGGCUAAGCACAGCUGCAAACUUUCUAUCCAGAUCGUUUUACUGGUGACUUCAUCUUCAGUUUGGGGCUCAAGGACUGUGUGAACCAACAAGGGGCCAGUUUUCCAUUGUUGUGGUGAACUGUCAAGUGCAAUUUGCAAUAAGUUAUCAUGAAAAGUUUUUAGAUUACAUGAUUGUGUAUGCUGCAUUUUACAUUUUCUUGGACAUUGUAUUCCAUCAAGUGGUAAAAAGAACAGAGACUACAGGUGGAAUUUAUUUGCUUGGGAAAGUAUUUUGGCUUUGUUUUCCUUUAAUUGCGUCACUUUUUUUAAAAAACGGGUCCACCGUUAAACCAAACGUGUAUAUGCAGCUUUACAUUUUAUUUUAUAUGAAGCACGGGAUUAGGAAAACUCAUUUUCUUCUCAAGCCUCAGGAUCUCUCUGAAGAGUUUGUUUGUAGUUCAAGUUGUGCAUGAAUUACCCAACAGUUUGCUCCUCUAAAUGAACAAUACGUGCUUUGGUACUCUUCACUGAAUGUUGGAAAUAUUUCUGGGUUAUUCCCCGUUCGUGCCUUUUUUAUUUUGCCAACCAUGUUUAUAGAAAGGACAUUACUAAUGACAGUUUGCAAACAAAUUUAUUCAUUGGAACGUAGUAGUUAUCUAAAAAUACAACUCAAAAACUUUGCAAUCUUGUUAUUUUAAUAAGAAUAAUGCAGAUUCAGUCAGAAAAAGGAAACAUGUAUAGUAGUAAAGUGGUUUUGGGCCUGUUUGGAUAUGACCAAAUGUAGUUCUAAUUGUUUACUGUUCACUGUUUAUGUCAGCUCAUGAGACUAAGUCCACCAUGAUAUUGUGAGUAAUUAUAAAUGGUCUCUUGGCUUUACAUUGAGAUUACAGAACAUACCCUGCUAGGGGGAAAAAAUAGUAGUAAAGAACCGACGAACUUGAAAAUACGAAAACAAAAAUUGAAUGCCUGUAAUGCCAUAGUGCCAGUCUGGUAGUGUCUAACUUGAAAAUAUGAAUUGCCCAGCUGAAACGUACUCAGUGGGUAUUUCUUUGUAUUGGCUUUUGUGAACUUGUGAUGAAAAUGCUGCAGUCAUAUUGGGAAAAAAAAGAGACCCAAAUUAUGGCUUAUAAAGAAAUAAAGCCAGCGCUGGUCACUUAAUCUUUUUUCUCAAGUCCUGCCAGAAAGAAAGAACUCCAGUGAAGGUAAGACAAAUAAAUAUACAUACACAUACACGUAUAUAUACAUACAUAUAGAUGGUGUUUUGGGUAGGUAAGAGCUAAUUACAUCUGCGUAAUACAUUAUUAAAGCUCUAAAAUACUUGGCAAUUAAGAUUUUGUUUUGGAAGUCCAGCUAUAUCCAGAUAUGUUUGAAUGUUAACACGAUUAAAAACUACUAGAAAUUGAAGUUCAUUUUCAUCACCGUAUAGAGCUGCUAUUUUACUACUUGGACAAUGUGAAGUAAAAGUUGGACCCUGCAGGGUUUCUUUGUUUUCGUCAUUUCUCUUUCAGAGAAAAUUAAAAUCAUCCAGUGUUCCUGGAGAAAAGUAAUUGUAAAAUACUACCACCAAAAAGAGUCUUGAGUUCCCUAAGAUUGGGAUAGUCUGGAGGGAGAGAGAGCGAUACUGAGAGUAUUGAGAACAAUAGUUUUUCAUGUGUCUGGUCUCUGGUUCAAGUAAUACGCACAAACAAAAUACAUGCUUUCAGGGCACAUACUGCUUUAAACGCAUACUGCUACUUGCUACCAGAACCAGACGUGUUGAAAAAAAAGCAAACAAAACCACCUCCUUUUUACAGCCAUUAAAGCAAAGUUUACUUUCUGUUUUAACAAGUUAUUUUAUUUUGCAUUGCCACACAUCUGCUUAUUUAAUAAACUACAACCUUUUGGUAGUCAUGGUUCAGUACAGGUAGAUUAUUUCAGCGCGAUGUUUGUGUGUUCCAAGUGUUCUUUUAUUAUAGGUCAUAUAGAGCAGUUAAGGCAAAUGUUACAACAUUUUUUGAGAUAUAUUGUAAAAUAAUAAAAGGUAACAUAAUUAAAACUGAA